UGGGCGGGGCCGGAAGUGGAGAGGGAGGUGGUGGCAGCCACGGCUCGGGAGGUUGAGGAGUGGGAGUUGGUGCAGCAGGUACCAUGGGCCUGACCAAGGCACGCUGAACGGACGCGGAGGUGGGCAUGGCCGGCGCUCGGGCCGCCGCCGCAUCCUCAACGGGGCCGUCAGCCUCUUCGGGCAGCCCGCCGCCCCAGGAGCCGGGGCUCGGGGAGCUGCUGGAGGAGUUCUCCCGGACUCAGUACCGGGCCAAGGAUGGCGGUGGGACGAGCGGUUCUAAGGUUGAGCGCAUCGAGAAGAGAUGUCUGGAGCUGUUUGGCCGAGACUACUGUUUCAGCGUGAUUCCGAAUGUGAAUGGGGAUAUCUGUGGCCACUACCCCCGACACAUCGUGUUCCUGGAAUACGAGAGUUCUGAAAAGGAGAAGGACACGUUUCAGAGCACCGUGCAGGUGAGCAGGCUGCAGGACCUCAUCAACCGCAGCAAGAUGGCCAGGUGCAGAGGACGAUUUGUCUGCCCAGUGAUCUUGUUCAAAGGCAAGCAUAUUUGCAGGUCGGCCACACUGGCUGGAUGGGGGGAGCUGUACGGACGCUCUGGCUACAACUAUUUUUUCUCAGGGGGUGCAGAUGACGCCUGGGCAGAUGUGGAAGACAUCACAGAGGAGGACUGUGCUCUUCGGAGUGGUGACACGCACCUUUUCGAUAAGGUCAGAGGCUAUGACAUCCGCCUUCUUCGAUACCUGUCGGUCAAGUACAUAUGUGACCUGAUGGUGGAGAACAAGAAGGUUAAAUUUGGCGUGAAUGUGACUUCCUCUGAGAAGGUGGACAAAGCCCAGCGCUAUGCCGACUUCACUCUCCUCUCCAUCCCAUACCCAGGCUGUGAAUUUUUCAAGGAAUAUAAGGACCGGGAUUAUAUGGCUGAAGGGCUCAUAUUUAACUGGAAGCAGGACUAUGUUGAUGCUCCUUUGAGCAUCCCUGACUUCCUGACCCACUCUCUGCACAUUGACUGGAGCCAGUAUCAGCUUGUUCUUGGCCCAGAAAAUCAAAGCUUUUGGAAUGUGACUCAUUGGAAGAUGUAUAGCCACCAGGGGACCUCAUGGAGUUUGCUUUUCCAGAGUUGGGACCUGGUGCAACAAACACAAAACUACCUGAAACUGCUGCUUUCCAUAGUUAACAGUGAUGAUGACAAUGGGCUGCUGGUGCACUGUAUCUCAGGCUGGGACCGGACCCCCCUCUUCAUCUCUCUCUUGCGCCUUUCCUUAUGGGCUGAUGGGCUCAUCCACACGUCCCUGAAGCCUGCCGAGAUCCUCUACCUGACUGUGGCCUAUGACUGGUUCCUCUUUGGGCACAUGUUGGUAGAUCGGCUCAGCAAAGGAGAGGAGAUUUUCUUUUUCUGCUUCAAUUUUUUGAAGCAUAUCACCUCUGAGGAUUUCUCAGCCCUGAAGACCCAGAGGAGGAAGAGUUUGCCAGCACGGGAUGCAGGCUUCACCGUGGAAGAUAUCUGCAUGCUGAAGCGAAGAGACCGAGGCAGCACCACCAGCCUUGGCAGCGACUUCUCCCUGGUGAUGGAGAGCUCCCCGGGCGCCGCAGGGAGCUUCACCUAUGAGGCUGUGGAGCUGGUCCCUGGCGGAGUACAGGCUCAGGCAGCUUGGAAGAAGAGUCACUCAUCGUCACCACAGAGUGUGCUCUGGAACCGGCCACAGCCCACAGAGGACCGCCUGCCUUCCCACCAGGGGCUGAUUGAAGCCAAGUCUUCCAGCUCCUCAUCCUCAAACCAUUCUGACAACUACUUCAGGAUAGGUAGCAGUCCUUUGGAGGUCCCCAAACCCAGUGUUGCUGGAAAGCUGGGAGGAAAUCAGAAGAUUCCUCCUCUUGUCUGGGUCCUACCCCAUUCUGACUGCAAGCUUCAGUGAGCAGCACUCUGUCACCCUUCUCCACGCCCCAGCUUUUUGCCAGUCCCUUCUUCCUUCCAAAAGGUCCCAUUUUUCAACCCAGUGGUAGUUUCUUUCCAUCUCACGAGUGGUCUGCCUGCAGUGGGUCAGGCUCUGUGGCCCACUGGGGGUGGCCACCAGGACCCCUUAGAGGCUGAGGAGGUUUGGGUGCCUCCACGGGUGUCAGCCUGCGGGGCUGGGCCGCAUGGACACCCAAGCUCCAAAGGCAGGGGAGGGUCCUAUGCUGCUUUUGACCCUUCUGUGCUAUAUUCUGGGAGAACCAUGCUGGCUUGCCAGGCCACAGGAGGAGUCUUCUGAAUUGGAGCUCUGUUUGCCAGAGUUUUUGAAAGGCAAGAUUAUCCAGAUUUGGAGCAUUCUAAUUUUGUGUUUCCAUUAGCAUUAAAAUUAAUUUCAAUUCUUUUACUUAAAGUGCCUGAGGGAUCCUGUCAUUAGUUUCUGUACCUCAUAUGUAACAGUAGCCAAUCAGAUCUUUAAUGCAGCAGGAGGCAUCGUGUGGAAAGAAGCCCUUUGGUGCAGCUGUCUGUGACAGCCACAAUUCUCCUCUUAAUAUGAACCCUCCAAGAGUUAGCUGCUCUUGCCCCUUCCAAAGCAGGACUUCCUAUGGACGGGGUCUGCGGGGUUUGUUCAAGUAAGAGUGUUGUCAGCUGAGGGAAUUCCUGUGGGGAGCUGAUUCUUUUGUUUGUUUUUUGUGGGUUUUUUCUCUUUUGUUUAUUUUUGAGACAGGGUCUAUGUGGUCCAUGCUGGCCUUGAACUCACUAUGUACCCGAGGCUGGCUUCCAUCUUGGAGUAAUCCUCCUGCCUCAGCCUCCCAAGUGCUGAGAUUACAGGUGUGCACAUGGUGCUGGUUUUACCAUGUCCCAAAGCACAUCCCUCACUGGAAAGGCUGGUGGCUUUCUCGUUGAAUUAGCUGCCACAGAAGCAUCAGCCACAGGGCUUCAGGGGCAGGAUCAGUGCUUGGAGCUCAUUUGCCUACCCCGUCUGCACAGCUCCAGCACUGAAGGUCCUGCUCUGUCUCCUCUGCAGUCAGGUACCAUCAGGGCUACAGGAGUACCUAGAUUUGCAGUGUUGGGCCCGGGGAGGGGUGGGGCCACCACUGGAGUACAGCAGAAAUGCUGAAGAGCACAGAGACUUGGCUGGAUUGAAUAGUAGAACCAACUUCCAUGGCCCUUCAGUGGUUAGCUGCUCCCUAGUCAUGGCCUCCUGCUGACUGCUCCUUACAUUCAGUCAGCUCUCUCUGCAGCCAUGUGGUGAAGUAGAGGUACUAGGCUGCUACCAGCAGCACUUGGGUUCUAGUCCCAUUCUGAUCUUGUGAGAGGCUACUGCUCUAGCCCUGGCAGGGACAGUGAGGAGCCAAGGGCAGUCCCAGUCAGGGACCUGGCAGAGUCAACAUGGAGCCCAGAGGUGUCU